CAUUAAAUAUAUUUUAAACAUUAAGUUAGACAACCAUCUGUAUUUGAUGUUCAUGUUAUCAUUAAGUAAAUAUCAUAUGUAGUAUAUAAUACAGGAAGUUAUUGGUAUUCAUAAUAGUAUAAAUGAACGGCUCAUUGAAACAACAACAUAGAUGAUAAAAUAUAAUAUGUGUAACAUGUCUUUUAUUGAUGUCAAUCAAAUUCAGAUUUGCGAAGAUCAGUUUAAAGAGUAUGAUAUUUUUGAAAAUAUCAUUAACACUCGUGAUCAAGAAGAUGCAUUUUAUAUAUUAGAUCUCGGUGUUAUAAUUAAAAAGCAUCAAGAUUGGAUCAAAAAAAUGCCAAGAGUUGUACCCUACUAUGCUGUUAAAUGUAAUCCUGAUCCAAUGGUAAUUAAAGUUUUGUCAGCUAUGAACGGCAAUUUUGAUUGCGCAUCAAAGCAAGAAAUUCAACAAGUUAUGGAACUUGGUAUAUCACCAGAUAGAAUAAUCUUUGCAAAUCCAACGAAGUAUCCGUCUCAUGUAAAAUUUGCCAAAAGCGUAGGUGUCGAAAAAAUGACAGUGGAUGGCAAAUGCGAACUUUAUAAAAUUAAAAAAUUAUUUCCCGAAGCAAAAAUAGUUAUUCGCUUUCGUUGCGAUGACAAUUCUGCUGUCACUGAAUGCAUCAAACUUGGAACCAAAUUUGGAUGUGAACCAGGCGAUGAAGCAAAAGAAUUAAUACAACUUACAAAGGAUUUAGGUUUAAUUUUAUAUGGAUUUAGUUUUCACGUUGGUAGUCCAUGUGUCGAAUUUAAUGCGUACGUACGUGGAAUUGAAAUAUGUAAGGAAUUGAUUACUUUUGCUAAAUCGAUUGAAUGUAAUGAUAUAAAAUUAAUUGACAUUGGUGGAGGAUUCCCUGGGGAAAGUGAAUUUCAAAUCGAUGAGAUUUCACAUCUAGUUAAUGAUGCAAUCAAAGAUAUAGACCCUACUAUAGAAAUCAUAAGCGAACCCGGUAGAUACUACGUAACAUCAGCAUUUACUUUGGCUAGUUUCGUGCAUUCUAAGAAAACUGUAUCUGUGGGAAAUAGUCUGAAACAGAUGUAUUUUGUUAGCUGCGGAGUUUAUAGUGGGUUUAUGGAAGAAUUAUUGAAUUUGAAUUCACGUCAACCAAUUCCAUUAUCCAAUUCUAUAUCCGAUAAAAAAAAAUAUUCUUCCUUUAUAUGGGGGCCAACUCUUGAUUCCUUGGAUUGUAUCAUUAAAGAUAUAUUAUUGCCUGAAUAUGAAAUAGGAGAUUGGUUUAUAUGGAAGGACAUGGGUGCAUACACAAAUACUAUAACUUGUAAAUUUAAUGGGUUCAUGCCACCGGAAGUGUAUCCAUUUAUCAGAAAAAGUCAAUGGGAAGAAUUUUGUGCCAUUAUCAGACUUAACGUUUGACAUAAUCCCGGCUUCAAUCCAUCAUUUUUUUGUGCUUGAUAUAUAUCUCCUAUAUUAAUAAUAUCUUCGAUAGGCGGAUUAGAUGACAUCGCAUCACGAAUCUUU